AUGGCUGGCACAAUACCGCGUGGAGAGUUUGCGCCCUGGAUCGACAACGUGCUUCCAGCGGUGGGAGAGCCUGUUGACGUCCGUGUCCCGUCGGCGGUGUGCUCGGCGGUGGCGGCGUGGCUGGUGGCGGCUGAGGCCGCGAGUGAGUCGGCCGGCUGGCUCCCACCGCGCCGGCGGCUGGCCCUGGCGCUGCAAAGCGAGGCUCGAUGCACGGCGGCGCUGCCUGUGCUGGCGGCUGGCGGCGCGGUGCCGAAGCGGCUGGUGACCGGUGGUGGUGGGAGCGGCGGGAGUGGCGGCGGGAGUGGGAGCGAGUCGCCAUCGAGCGGCGCCCGGUGCACCGCCUGCCGCAAGAGCUUCCGCUCGGCAGACACGCUCGAGACCCAUCUGCGCUCGGCCAAGCACACGGCGCGUGUGGCAGAGCUACGGGCGGUGGCGGCCGGACCCGCCAGCCCCUCGCGUUUGCGCCCGCUCGAUCCCGCCAUCGCAGACGUUGGCCGGAAGGCGUACAAGAUCGUGGUCAAGCUCGCAAGCGGCGCUGUCGCCAGCGGCAAGCACCUCCGCAAGCUGUGCGAGGCCGGUCUUGCGCUAGCCGAUGCAGGGCUCAUUGCCGACGCCGCAAGCUGCUUCCUCGCACUCCGCAAGGGCGAUCCCGGCGAGCCGCGCGCCGGCUGGCCCUCGCCCAAGCUCGUCAACCUUUGGCUCGCCCGGCUCUUCCACCCGCACGAUCGCCUCCUCGCUCAGUCCUUCUACGUCCUCGUCCUGCAGGCAUACUUUGAGAGUGACGACGCUUCGGUGGCGUUGCACGGCCUUUGCGCCGCAAAGAGCGUCGCGCCCGGAAGCGCCGCCGCCGCCGCCGCCGCCGAUGCCCUCGUCAGCGACCUCGCCGCCGCCGCCGCCGCAGGCCGCCCCGUCCCGCCGCUCGCCACUGUGGUGGCGGUUGUGGAUGAGAUCGCCGUUGCGUGUGAUGACGACGCGCUCCUUCGAUCGCGCUUUGCCCUCCACCUCGCUGCUCUUGUUGUCGCCCUCUGCCGCAGCGACCCUGCCACCGCUGCGCCUGCUGCUCUCCGCGGCAAGUACGCCGCCAUAGCUCAGGGCGAGCUCGAUGCGGCUGUCGACUUUGCCCUGGCCAGUGGCACCAAGCUCGACGCCCUUGUCCUUGCCGCCGAUGCGGGCGACGUUGUCCGCGCCGCAGCGCUGCUGCGCACUCACGCCCCGCCCAUCUCUGACGACCAGACAGUCGCUUGCCUCCUUGUCGCCGCCACCUCGGCCUGGGCUGCCUGCGAUGAUGACGCACUCGAUGUGGCGGUCCGGGCCCUCGCUGCAAUGGCCCCACAUGCUGCCGCAGUCUUCUGUCAACUCUAA